AUGCCAUGGAAGAAAUGGCAAGGUCAGGGCAAGGGCCAGCAAUGGAGCGAGUGGGAGAAACCCUCGAAGAAGGGGAAAGACAAAGAAGAGAAAGGUGGCAAGCAGCCCAUCCUGUAUGGCUGGGACGGCAAGAAGAUCGAGGUCAAGCGAGAUGGAGGUGCAAAGCCGGGCUCAUCCUCGGGAUCCUCGCAUUCGGAUGCUGCAUUGCGGGAAGAGAACCGCAAAAUCAAGGAGGUUGUGAGGAAUCUCCUUGGGAGCGAGACGCAGUCAGACGCGGAUAUCCAGGCUUUGAGGGACUUUGCCAAGGUCAUCGACGAGCAAGAAGCCAACUUUCAGAGCUGGCAGGAGACAUACAAGGCUGGCCUCGAGCAAGAAGAGAAGCGAUACCAGGCAAAGAUGGCCGAGCUCCGAGAGGAGUUGAAGGGCCUGCCGGUCUAUGUGCAGCAGGAACUGGCCGAUUUGCGAGGCCAAAUGCGACAGUUCAUGAGCUAUGCCCAGAUGAUGGAGAAGAAGAAUGCUGCCUUGACAGACCAAGUGACCAUGUUGGUCACAACGCUUCAGAGCAGAGAGCAGCAGAUCUCUUCGGAUUUCUCGCCACAACACCCGGUUCCUCGCUCAGGCAAUGGAAAUACCCUAUGGGCUCCUUCGAAAGAAGAGGGUGUGGCAUCCGUGGAAAAGAGGGAGAGGUCGCGAUCGCCCACAAGGAAGAUAGCCAAGCUCGAACACAAGCUGGAUCCAGUGGAGUUCAAAUUGCAGCUGGAGAAGAUCUCAGAGGGCUCUGGAGGCGGUGCUGCCCCUGAUCCAGAAGCAGAUGCCAAGAAGGGUUUGAAUGUCCCUCAUCCUCUCCCCGAAGCGGGCAGUUCAGCGCUUGCGCCCUUCGGAAAGAAGACAAAGCCUGGCGCAGCAGAGAGGCAGAAUGUCAGCCCAUAUGGCAGAGUUCGCACCAAGGAGAUGGAUGGAUCUUGUGUCUUGGAAGGAUUGGAUUCCUAA